GCUUCCAGAGAAGUCAAAAGGAAACGGGAGCAGUUCCUCCUUUCCUAACCCUGAGGGUUUAUAAGCUGCGCUGGACUCCUCCUGGCAUCCCUCCUACCCAACGCAGACCAAGCUGAGGAGCAGCGCCCACCACCAGGAGAAGGCUUCUCAGCGUGCGUGCCGCGUUGCUCCGACUGCCUGGUCCCAACGGAGCAGGAUGGAGCUGCUGGCUUCCAUCGCCUUCCUGGCCGCGCUUGCGGUGGCACUGGGACAACCUGACGUGACGCUGGACCGGCACUGGAAGCUGUGGAUGGAUGCCUACAAAAAGAAAUACAGCAAUGAGGAAGAGUCGGAGCACCGUCGCGCGACGUGGGAGAGGAACCUGCGCCUGGUGACGCUUCAUAACUUGGAGCACUCGCUGGGGCUGACCUCCUACCAGCUGGCCAUGAACCACCUGGCUGACAUGACCAGCGAGGAGGUGGUGGCUUUGAUGACCGGACUGACCAAUAUUCCUCCACCAAACCAAAACGCCGCACCCCAACUGCUAAACAUCAGCAACGUCCCGGACGCGGUGGACUGGAGGGAGAAGGGAUGCGUCACGGAGGUCAAGAACCAGGGUGCCUGUGGGUCGUGUUGGGCGUUCAGCGCCGUGGGAGCCCUCGAAGCCCAGAUGAAGCUGAAGACGGGGAACCUGGUGUCCUUGAGCGCCCAGAACCUCGUUGACUGCUCCACCACCCAAGGCAACAGAGGCUGCAGCGGAGGUUUCAUGACCAAAGCUUUCCAGUACAUCAUCGACAACCAAGGCAUCGACUCGGAGGAGUCCUACCCCUACACGGGUCAGGAUGGGGUAUGUCAAUACCAACCUAGCGCACGAGCUGCCACCUGUUCCCUCUACGUUGAGCUCCCAUAUGGCAACGAAGAAAUCAUGAAAGAUGUUGUGGGCAGCACUGGACCGGUCUCCGUCGCCAUCGACGCCAGCCUGCCCAGCUUCUUCUUGUACAAGUCAGGUGUUUACGAUGACCCCCAAUGCUCUCAGACGGUGAAUCACGGAGUGGUUGUGGUUGGCUACGGCACCUUGUCGAAUAAGGACUACUGGCUUGUGAAAAACAGCUGGGGCGUGGAUUUUGGUGAGGACGGCUACAUCCUGAUGGCGAGGAACAGCGGGAACCUCUGCGGGAUCGCCAGCUACGCCUCCUACCCCAUCGUCUAAGCUGGUGAUGCUGAGAUUGGGCAGCUCUCCAGCUUCAAGAACCCUUUUACGGCUCUGUGGGCAGCACCAGAGCAGCCUGGGAGGGGGAAAUUGGGAAUGGGAUUCACAGGCAUCCAGCGGCUGAUUUCUUCGGAGUAGAAUUGCGAUACCUACAGUUCCGGUGGAGAUCAGGUCAACCUCCGGCUGAGCGCUGCUCCAACGCCUCAACCCUCGCUUCGCCUCUCUCUGCGACGCUAAGGAAAUUACAGAUGUUUUCUGAAAAAUAAAGAAUGCAUUUUAC